CCAUGAAUGGAGGAUCUCAAAUUCACAUUUUUUGGGGGGCUCCAAUUAGUUCAUCGGAAAUGACAGUACCACAGGAAUCAACUUCUUUAACUUCAACUGCUGAUCCCUGGAAAAAAAUUAAGCUUUUUUAUGAUCAGCAUUCUUUACAUCUAAAGGAUGAAGAAUGCAAGCAUAAUCUUGAAUAUGAUCAAGUAACAGAUGUUGUUGACCCAACAAAUCCUAUGAAUAGAUCUGUUGAUAUGAAAGAUAAACUUGUACAUUGUAUGUCUGAAACACAGACUCUUAAAUCUCAGAAGAUUCACUCCUUUGGAAUGAGUGUUACUACUAAUUCUGAUGUACAAAUAUGUGGAUUUAAGAACAGAGUUCAAGAUUUAACUGAGGAAGAAAAGUAUCAAAAACAUUUCAGUGAAAUCAAGAAGAUCACAAGUGAACAGCAUAAAAACCAGUCAAAUUUAUGUGGUCAAAACUUUCAAAGUAAUUCCUUUCAGUUAGAUCAUAAAUUUGAAACCCUGUUAGAUUUGGAACGUGAUACUGAACAGGUUAAGAUAGGCCCAGUAGCAACUGAGACAAAAUGUAUAGCAACAGAACAUCAUGAAAUAGGAAACAGAAGUUUGAAGUUUUUUUCUUCAAAUACAGUAGAUAAGCCAGUGUCUGCAAGGUCAGUUAAGAUGGUCUCAGAUCUUAAGAUAUCUACUGAUACUGAAUUUCUCAGUAUAAUGACCUCUAGCCAGGUUGCUUUUUUAGCUCAAAGGGAGUAUGAAAAGCAAAAUUCUACAAAUAAAAGGGCCAUAAGCUUGGAUAUUGAAUCAAAGGCAGGUGACGGGGAAAUAGGAGUAACUGAAGAAAAAGAGAUUCAACCUAAGGAUGAUUUGGCAGAAGGCUAUGAGAAUGAACAAACCCAAGCAUAUUCCCUUGAACUUUUUAGUCCUGUUUGUCCUGAAACAAAAAGUUGCCAUAGCCACAUCGAGUCUGAUAAAGAUCUUAAAGGGAAUACAGCAUUUCAGCAGAUCUUCACUUCUGAAGCUAAACUGCCGCCAAAUGAGAUAUAUGUUGAGUCCUGUAACUCGGGGAUACUAUAUUCACAAGUAAAUACCUUCCACAAAAGUCCUGUUAAAAGAAGUUGUACUUCUCAGGAUAAAAUGUGCCUCUCUAAAGCUCAGUCUAAAGUUCUCCAAGUAGCUAAGAAAAUUAAGUUAGUUUCUAGUACUGAAGAUUCUACUGUAGCAGUGAACCAGAGGAAGGCGUAUGGAUUUAAGGGAGUUAAAAAAACAACAUUAAUAAAAGAUUGCUUUUCUAAAAGUCAGAAGUAUAAUUGUUUAGUUAUGGUGUUAUCUCCGUGUCACGUGAAAGAAAUAACUAUAAAAUCAGGACCAAAUUCUGGCUCAAAAGUACCUUUAGCAACAAUUGUGGUGAUUGAUCAAUCAGAAACUCAGAAGAAGGUUUUUUUAUGGAGGACUGCAGCAUUUUGGGCACUUACAUUGUUUCUUGGAGAUAUUAUAUUACUCACAGAUAUUACUGUUCAUGAGGAUCACUGGGUUGGUGAGACAGUACUUCAAUCAACAUUUACCAGCCAGUUAUUAAGUCUUGGGAGUUACUCAUCUGUCCAGCCUGAACAAUAUUCUAAUCUAGUUAGUUAUAUGGUACUUCAAGACUUAUUGCUGUAUUUGUCUUCAAAAUAUUCCUACCUCAAAGAUCUUCCUCAGAGGCAGCCUCAGAGGAUGAACAGAAUUGAAUUUGUAGAAUUGGAGCAGCUUCAGCCUGACAUACUAGUCCAUGCAGUACUAAGAGUUGUUGAUAUUACUAUACUCACAGAAGCAUUGUACAGUUAUAGAGGACAGAAGCAAAGGAAAAUUAUGUUAACAGUGGAACAGACCCAAGGUCAACAUUAUGUGCUAGUAUUGUGGGGUCCUGGGGCAGCUUGGUACCCUCAACUUCAAAGGAGAAAAGAUUGUAUUUGGGAAUUUAAAUAUCUAUAUGUUCAGCGCAAUUGCAUUCUAGAAAACCUAGAAUUGCAUACAACAUAUUGGUCAACAUGUGAGUGCCUGUUUGAGGAUGAUGUAAGAGCAAUUACUUUCAAAGCAAAAUUUCAAAAAAAUGAGCCCUCUCUUGUGAAAAUGUCAGAUUUAGCAACACACCUAGAGGAUAAAUGUUCAGGAGUGAUUUUAAUCAAAGCCCAGAUUUUAGAGCUGGCAUUUCCUGUUACAGCAGCUCAGACGAUAACUCUAAAUGCUGACAGUUCUCUGCAGAGUAUUUACUUUUCUCUUCCCAACAUUAUAUAUACUGGUUGUGCAAAGUGUGAAACAGAACUAGAAAAAGAUGAGAACAAGAUCUACAAACAAUGCUUUAGCUGCUUGCCAUUGACUAUGAAGAAAAGCUUUUAUAGGUCAGCUUUAAUGACCAUCAGUGAUGAAAAAGAGAAGGUUUGCGUCCAUGUGGGAUCCAAGUUGAUAGAGAAGAUUCUUCUCAACAUUCCUCCUGACUGGCACAACAGAAUUAUAGCCCCUUCAUCAGAGGUCACCUACGGCAUGGUGGUUGCAGACUUGUUCCACUCCUUGGUGGUGGGCAGCGGGACACCUUGUACAGUGAAGGUGCAGAGCCUUUUUGUCUUAGAUGAAAACAGCUACCCAUUGCAACAAGAUUUCACCCUGCUGGAUUUUUAUCCUGACAGUCCUGUCACAUGAAAAGAACCCAGGAACAUCAAGGAAGAAGGUACUGAAGUGAUCUGUUUUUUAAGUAAAUGAGUUUUUCUUUGAGUUUUUAAAUAAAUA